GCCCAAUCCCUCCACUUAACACAUAACACAUAACACAAACGACACACAAACACCAUCCUUUUCAUAUCCCUCCUCUCCCCUCCUCUCUUCCCAUCGCAUCUUCUUCUCUCUCUCAUGGUGAUCGCUGCAGCAGCGGCAGCAGCUAUUGCUUCUUCGCUUUCACUCGGUACUUCCCAUUGUCAACUAUGCCAGGCAGAUGCCUUUUGCUGCUCAACAUCACACGGGGGCACAAAUAGCUGGAACAAAUCUCCUAUUGACAGUUGCAGACCUUGUGACCUUUCCAGCAUAAGGUACAGAAAUCCAUUUUUUGGAUCAACACAGUUCCAAUGGUCAUCUGUGGGCCGUAAUCUUUGCCUUCAGAAAGUUUCAGUUGCUGCAGAUUACUCUGAUUCGGUUCCUGAUUCAUCUAAUUACACAAGUCAUCGAGGUUAUCAUCCACUAGAAGAGGUGAAACUUAGCAAAAGGACUCGUGAAACUCAGCUCACCUCUGCUGAAAUAGCAAGGACAACUGUUGAGGCUAAUACUAGUGCUUUGCUGGUUUUUCCUGGAUCCGUACAUUGUGAACCACAUGGACAAAUUUCCUGGGCCGAAUUUCAGUAUAUCAUUGAUGACUAUGGAGACAUAUUCUUUGAGAUUUUUGACAAUAGCAAUAUCUUACAAGAUCGAGGAGCUAGCAACCCUGUGAAUGUUUUGAUUGGGAUGGAUAUUCCAAUGUACGAGAAUAAAAAGGUAGUCAAUGAAUACAAUAUUUUCAAUGUUGGCAGUGAAGAUGAUAUACCAUUUGAUGAGGAUUACUUUGAGGUAAUGGAUUCGGAAGACUCUGAAGUUCCAGUUGAUUGGGGAAUGCCAUAUACUUCCAGCUUGGUUCAUCCUAUUUAUUUUGCCAAGUGCAUGACAAAGGCAAUCAAUAUGGAAUACUAUAGAAAAAUGGACCAUCCAUCAAAUGGUGUUUCUAUUGUGGGUUGUCUGAGACCAGCUUUUUCUGAUGAAGAAUUAUACUUAAGAACGUCAUUUCACUGUGGGGAUAGUGAUGGCUAUAAUUCAGACCGGAAAGACACAGAAAUUUUGAGCUUUAACUCCAAAAGUGAUGUAAGCAGCUCUGGUUCAACUCUCCAUUGCUUGGAGAUCAUGAGAAUAGAGCUAUUUUCAUUGUAUGGAUCUCAGUCUGCGGUUAGUUUACAAGAUUUUCAAGAAGCAGAGCCUGAUGUCCUUGCACACUCGACUCCAGCAAUUUUAGAGCACUUUAGUGAAAAGGGAAGUAGAUGCAAUAUUGCUCUUAAAGCUCUUUGCAAGAAGAAGGGUCUUCAUGUUGAGAGAGCUAAUUUGAUUGGGGUUGAUAGCCUUGGCAUGGAUGUUAGAAUUUUCUCUGGGGUGGAAGCACGAACUCAUCGGUUUCCCUUCAAAGUCCGGGCUACCUGUAAAACUGCUGCACAAAAGCAGAUUCAUCAGCUGUUGUUCCCUAGGGCUCGCCGAAAAAAGUUUAAAACUCACGAAGAUGAGCUUGGGGACUCCUCAUAUUUCUAACCUUGACGAGGGAACAAGAGAUUUAUUUUUAUAAUAAAGUCCAGGCUUGGUGGUUCGCUUUUCGUCCGUUUGUUUUUUAAUCUGCUGGAGAUUUGUCAGCAAAAGGUCGUUGUACUAACAUAUUUGUACAUUAUUUCAAUAAAGGACCAGAUGGGGCCACUCUGUUCAUCCAA